CCCAGCAGGCGGAGGGAGGAAGCCGCGCGGAGCCGGCGGCGAGCGGAGCCGAGGCGAGGCGGAGUCGACUAGGUGAGAAUUUCUAGAGCAAUGUCGAAUAGAAAUGAGUAGACAUCUUUGCCUUAUUCUGGAUCUUAGAGGGAAAGCAUCUAGUGUUAACUGUGAGAUGAGGUCACUGUGUUGUUGGCUCCUAAAGUAAGUUCCUCCCAAGCUCUCGAUUGGAGGGUCAACUGAUGGUGUAUCCUUUAGGCUUAGUCAGAGAGAGCUGACGGAUUUCAAGGAUGCAGCUGCUACUCCUGGAGGUGCAGGGCACCUUCUCCAAUUUGGGCCACGAGGCCAUGUGGCCAUGAUGGGGGCCCCUCAUGGCCUCAGCGAGAACAGAGCACUACGAUAUUGGCCUCCGCCGGGGAAACAGCUUAAAGCAGAGCGGCCCCUCAGACACGGCGCCUGCCCCACCACCGGAGAAAGCCUCUGAGGGCAGAGCCUGGGCUCAGGCCCAUCAGCAGGUGAAGCCAAUCUGGAAGCUGGAGAGAAAGCACGUGGGGACGCUUUCAGCAGGGUUGGGCCCCAGCGUCUUGGGUGUCCCACCCGAGCCAGCCUAUUUCUUUUGCCCGGGCACUCUGUGUAGCUCGGGGCACUCAGCUGUCAUCGCAGGCCACGGCAGCUCCUGCUACCUGCGCUCCCUCCCAGACUUGUUCAGCAGCACGCUGCUGUACCGCCGCUCCAGCCACAGGCACAAACCCUACCAGCAGCUGGAGUCUUUCUGCUUGCGCUCAAGCCUGCCGGAAAAAAGACCUUUUUCUCUCCCUCACAAGGGCCUCCCUGUCAGACUCACUGCCAAUAAGGCCCCUUCUUUCACGGUGUCCCCCAUGGCCCAGCCCAUGGCGUCCUCGUCCACAGAUCGGUACCUCUCACUGGGAGCGGCUGGGGAGAACCCUUCGGGGAAGUGCCUGGCUGCUGCCAUCUCAGGGAAGAUCCCAUCUCCACUCUCCUCCUCCUACAAGCCCAUGCUAAAUAACAACUCCUUCAUGCGGCCAAAUAGCACUAAAGUGCCUUUAUCGCAGGCCACAGAGGGCCUGAAGCCAGUAUCCUCACCCAAGAUCCAUCUUGUCUCCUGGCAUCAUUCGGGGGGCACCGGAGACUGUGCACUCCAGCCUGUCGAACACAAGGUACCCAAGAGCCAUGGCGCUGUCCUAGAUGAUGCCCCUGCCCCUGGCACCCUCUCUGCCCCUAGCUCCUUAGACACUUUGACCACCAGUGUUGCCUCUCCUCAGUAUAACCGGAGUAACUUAGCCACUAGAGCAGAGCCACAUCCUUGUGGCCUGGAUGGCAACUUUGUUUCUCAGGCUCUGACCAGGGAGGUUCGGUUCACUGAGGCGGUGAGGAAAUUGGCCGCAAGAGGCUUUGAGAAGAAGCCAAGGCAAGGCUGCCAGUUGGAACAAUCUCGUUUCAUGAACCCCAGCUUGCAGUGUGAGCUCCUCAACAGGAACCGGCAGUGGAAACCUCCCACCGUAGGCCAGCAGUUCCCCCAGGAGGAUGCUGGAGCUAACAGUAGGACCCUGCCCAGCCCCUCGGACGCCCUGGAGCUGGACGGUACAGUCUUCUGUACCAAACGCAUCAGCAUUCACCUCCUUGCCUCACAUGCCAGCGCGCUCAGCUGCAGCCCUGCCUGUGGAUCUGCCAUUGACUCCCCACCACCCGGAGAAGACAAAACUCCUGAGCCACCUGCUCCUCCUCAGCCCCUGGGUGUAGCUGAUGUGGCCACCCGCCUCUCUUCCAUCCACUUGGGCCAACUUGGGAAGGAGGGGCCUACGGAAGCCAGAGGACCGGACUUCCCUGCCAGGGGUAUCGGUUCAGCUGCAGACCUCCAGCCAGACCUGGGUGAGGCUGAAGAUCUAGAAGAAGAGCUAGUAGAUGGUUUGGAGGACUGCUGUAGCCAUGAUGAAAAUGAAGAGGAGGAAGGAGACUCUGAGUGCUCUUCGUUCAGUGCUGUCUCCACUGGUGAGUCAGUAGCAGUGAUCUCUCGGAGCUGUGCAGAGAUUCUGACCAAACCCCUCUCCAGUGAGAAAGUGGUCCGACCAGCGCUCAUCUACAGCCUCUUUCCCAACGUGCCCCCUACCAUCUAUUUUGGCACCCGGGAUGAGAGAGUGGAGAAACUUCCCUGGGAGCAGAGGAAGCUGCUCCGGUGGAAGAUGAGCACAGUGACUCCCAACAUUGUCAAGCAGACCAUUGGACGGUCCCACUUCAAAAUCAGCAAGAGAAAUGACGACUGGCUAGGCUGCUGGGGUCACCACAUGAAGUCUCCUAGUUUCCGAUCCAUUCGGGAGCAUCAGAAGCUAAACCACUUCCCAGGUUCCUUCCAGAUUGGACGAAAGGACCGACUGUGGCGGAACCUGUCUCGCAUGCAGAGCCGCUUUGGCAAGAAGGAGUUCAGCUUCUUCCCCCAGUCCUUCAUCCUGCCCCAGGAUGCCAAGCUCCUGCGCAAAGCCUGGGAGAGCGGCAGCCGCCAGAAGUGGAUUGUUAAGCCUCCAGCGUCAGCCCGGGGCAUUGGCAUCCAGGUCAUUCACAAGUGGAGUCAGCUCCCCAAGCGAAGGCCCCUCCUGGUACAGAGGUAUCUACACAAACCCUACCUCAUCAGUGGCAGCAAGUUCGAUCUGCGAAUCUAUGUUUACGUCACCUCCUACGAUCCCCUCCGGAUUUACCUCUUUUCAGAUGGACUUGUCCGCUUUGCCAGUUGCAAGUAUUCCCCUUCCAUGAAGAGCCUCAGCAACAAGUUCAUGCACCUGACCAACUACAGUGUCAAUAAAAAGAAUGCCGAGUACCAGGCCAAUGCAGAUGAAACGGCCUGCCAGGGCCACAAAUGGGCACUGAAGGCUUUGUGGAACUACCUGAGCCAGAAGGGAGUCAAUAGUGAUGCCAUCUGGGAGAAGAUAAAGGACGUUGUUGUCAAAACCAUCAUCUCGUCAGAGCCCUAUGUGACCAGCCUACUGAAGAUGUACGUGCGGCGGCCAUACAGCUGCCAUGAGCUCUUUGGCUUUGACAUCAUGCUGGACGAGAACCUCAAGCCCUGGGUCCUGGAAGUCAACAUUUCCCCGAGCCUCCACUCCAACUCUCCGCUGGACAUCAGCAUCAAAGGCCAGAUGAUCCGUGACCUUCUGAACCUGGCAGGCUUUGUUCUGCCCACCGCAGAGGAUAUCGUUUCCAGCUCUGGCAGCUCCAGCAGCUCCAGUGCCAGCUUGCCCAGCUCCCCCAAGGAUAAAUGUCGAAUGGCUCCGGAGCAUUUCACCGCACAGAAGAUGAAGAAGGCCUAUUAUCUGACCCAGAAAAUUCCCGAUCAGGACUUCUAUGCAUCUGUGCUGGAUGUCCUGACGCCAGAUGAUGUUCGGAUUCUGGUUGAGAUGGAGGAUGAGUUUUCUCGCCGUGGUCAAUUUGAACGAAUUUUUCCUUCUCGAAUCUCUUCUCGCUAUCUCCGCUUUUUUGAGCAGCCACGAUACUUCAACAUUCUCACCACCCAAUGGGAACAGAAGUACCAUGGCAACAAGCUCAAAGGAGUAGAUCUGCUUCGGAGUUGGUGCUACAAAGGGUUCCACACAGGAGCCAUCUGUGAUUCUGCUCCAAUGUGGUCUCUCCCAGCAUCACUUCUGACCAUCCCAAAGGGUGACGUGGGACUCAGCACUUUCCCCAAACUAGAGAGUGGCAAGCUGGGAAAACACAGCUUCUCCGAGGGAAGCAUACCACUCUGUGAAGAUGGGACCAUGCCUAAGCCCAAGAAGACCCAAGCUGGCCUUUGUCCUGUUCCCGGGAAACCCAGUUCUUCCAAGGACAGUGAGGACAUCAGCAAAGAGCCCAGCCUCUCUACCCAGAUGUUACCUCUGUUGAAGUACUCUGGGCAGACUUCAAGACUCUCUGCUUCCCCCACCUCCCAGUCAACCGGUGACUCACUCCUGGCUGCUGUGAGCCCAUGACUGGCCUCUCUCCACUAGCCCCUACCUAGGAGCACCGGUGUUAGCUACCUCAUGGGAACUGGCCGGCCGGCCAGCCAGCCUGAGCCCCCGGCCCCUUUCUCAAAGUAUUUUUUUGAAGUGGUUGAAUUGCAGAAAUGGGUAUCUAGAGGGCUGGAGGGGUGGUGGGAAUGGGGAGAAGGUGAGGAAGGUUCACUGGCUGGUACCUCAUGUCUCCGCAGAGAAGCCACUAAUGGCCACUCAGCCUUAUAAAGCAGGGUUUGGUUUCUAA